AGGUCCUCAAGAGGUGUAGUAGACCGUUAUCGCGACCAGUCUAAAAGUAGAUCAUUAGAACGUCCACGAGACGAUAGAACCAGAAGCACAAAACGCAGAUCAAGGACGCAUUCGCCAGCCAGGACUAAACACAGCUCUUCCAGCGCGGAAAGAAAGAAGAAAGAUAAUAAGCAAAAACAUAAGAAGAAAAAGAAGAGACAUUCUUCAUCUAGUAGCAGCUCUAGUAGUAGCAGUGAUACAGAUGAAGAAGAAUUGAAAUUACUUCAGAGGCUGGAGGCGGAGCGACUCCGUCUUAAGGAAGAAAAAAAGAAGCAAAAAGAAUUGAUGAAAGCUAAUGAAACACCCGAGGAGAAAAGAGCACGUCGUCUCAAAGAAAAACAAGAGAAAGAAAGGAAACGACGAGAGAGAAUGGGUUGGGACAACGAGUAUCAAUGCUAUACUAAUCAAGACAAUCCGUUUGGAGACUCCGCUCUGACUAACACAUUUGUGUGGACCAAGAAACUGGCAAAGGAGGGGGUAAAGACUGUGUCAAGGGAGGAAUUGGAAGCAUUGAAUAGACAGAAGCAGUUGGAAAACAAAAUCGAGUUGGAGAAGGUGAAGCAGCGGCGGCUGGAGCGCGAGGCGGAGCGCGCGGCGCGCGAGGCCGAGGCGGCGGCGGCGGCGAGGGCGCGCGAGGCGGCGCAGUUCAGCUCCUGGGCGCGCCAGGAGGACGCCUUCCAUCUGCACCAGGCGCGGCUGCGCUCGCAGAUCCGCAUCCGGGACUCCAGGGCGAAACCUAUCGACCUUCUGGCGUGGUACGUGAGUUCGGAGGAAUGCGUGGACGCGCUGGAGAUGCACGAGCCCUACACGUACCUCAACGGACUACAGGUCCGGGACCUGGAGGACCUGCUCGAAGAUAUCAAGGUGUACAAGGAGCUGGAGAGCUCCCACAACCAGGCGUACUGGGAGGACGUGCAGACCAUCGUGCUGGACGAGCUGGCCAAGCUGCGCCGCCUGGCCGGGCCCGACGCGCGCCGCGACGGCGUCCACCAGGCCGUCGCCGAUGACGUCACGCAGAUAUUCAAGGGCAAGUCGGGCGCGCAGCUGGAGGCGCUGCAGGCGCAGAUCGAGCGCAAGAUCAGCGGCCGCCGCGACGGCGUCGACGUCGGCUACUGGGAGAGCCUGCUCAGCCAGCUCAAGGCGCACCGCGCGCGCGCCCGCCUGCGCGACCGCCACCAGCACAACCUGCGCCGCAAGCUGCAGCUGCUCAAGCGGGAGCAGGGCGUGCAGCCGCCCCCCGCCACCGCCCCCGCCCCCACCGCCGCCGCCGCCCCCGCCUCGUCGUCGGCGGCCGAGGAGAACGUCAAAGCCGAGGAGGAGGAGCUCGCGCGGGCGGGCCCCGGCGCGGACGCGGGGCAGGGGGAGGGGUCGGACGAGGAGGGGGAGGCGGAGGAGGGCGUGGCGGCCUACCUGGCGGGCCGCUACUCGCCCGCGCUGCUGGCGCCGGGGGAGGGGGGGCUGGAGGCGGGCACGCUGCUCACGGACGCGGCGGAGGACGAGCAGCGCCUCGCGUACCUGCGGCAGGCGCUGCACGCCGCCCGCGCGGGGGGCGCCACGGUCAGCACCUUACAUUUCAAAUGGCGACCUCCUCAAUACGUACUUUCCACUUCACUGUCGCUGUCGCAUUCCCCGCAGGAGGGUCGCGCGGAGGGCGGGGCCGGCGCGAGCGGGACGGACGCGCUGGAGCGAGAGGCGCGCCGGGCGCUGGACGCGGCGGGCGCGGGGGAGGGGCCGGCCGGGGGGGAGGGGGCGGGGGCGGGCUCGCACGCGCAGUUCAGCGUGGAGCACGCGCUGCCCGCGGCGGAGCGGCCGCCGCUGUGGGCCGACAAGUACCGCCCGCGCAAGCCGCGGUACUUCAACAGAGUACAUACCGGCUUCGAAUGGAACAAGUACAACCAGACUCACUACGACAUGGACAAUCCGCCGCCGAAGAUAGUACAGGGGUACAAGUUCAACAUUUUCUACCCGGACCUGAUAGACAAGAAUGCCACGCCGGAGUUCUCUCUGGUAUACCAUUCGUUUUUAUGAGAUCUCGUCUUAUGAAUGUGAUAACGUAAAAUUAAUAUCUAAAAAUUUUCAUAAACAUGCUUGUAAAUGGGGUAAUUUUUUGUUAAUUAUCAGAAAGCCUGUCCGGAGAACCCGGAUUUCGCAGUGCUACGUUUCCACGCGGGUCCCCCGUACGAGGACAUCGCGUUCAAGAUCGUGAACCGCGAGUGGGAGUACUCGUACAAGCGCGGCUUCAGGUGCCACUUCCACAACAACAUCUUCCAGCUCUGGUUCCACUUCAAGCGCUACCGCUACCGCCGCUAGUCGGCAUACAUUAUGGAAUUAUAAAAUGUUGAACAUUAAACUUUAUUACUUGAUGUCCUCAUUAAUUGCAGU